AUGGAGAAACCUCAUAAGACCCAUCACAAAGCUGCGGCUGGUGUAAAGCUGGCAAAGAAAGAUGCUGUUAAAGGCAUCGACCGUAGUGGAGGUAAAAAUUACAACCCCAAGGCAUUCACAUCUUCCUCUUUCCGGUCCGGACAAAAAGCAGCUCUACGUACCGCCGACAAGGAUCAAAAACGUCUCCAUGUUCCCCUCGUCAACCGUAACCCUGAUGAGCGCAAGGUCACCGGGGAGAAAGGGAAGGGUAUGGAUGAAGGUCGUCUUCCCCCUCCUCCUAUCGUGGUUGGAAUCGUCGGCCCACCGGGAGUGGGUAAAUCUACCCUCCUUCGCUCGUUGGUUAAACGUUACACCAAACACUCCCUUUCUCAAGCUUUUGGACCCAUCACCGUCGUCAGUGGUAAAACCCGCCGCAUCACAUUUGUAGAAUGUGGCAACGAUCUCAAUAGCAUGAUUGAUCUCGGAAAAGUCGUCGAUCUGGAAACAUUCGAAUUUCUUAAUAUCCUCCAAUCUCACGGUUUCCCCAAAGUCAUUGGUUUACUCAGUCACUUGGAUUUGAUCAAAAAACAAUCAACACUCAAAGAUACCAAGAAACGUUUGAAACAUCGAUUCUGGACUGAAAUCUACCAAGGUGCCAAACUGUUUUCCCUCAGUGGGGUCAUCAAUGGCCGCUAUCCAGACGCGGAGAUCAACCUACUUUCACGUUUUAUCAGUAUCAUGAAGUUCCGUCCUCUAGUCUUCCGUAAUCAACAUCCACAUCUUCUCGCGGAUAGGUUGCAAGAUCUGACUCCUCGGGAAACCAUCAGAACCAAUCCGAAGGUCGAUCGAACCAUCACAUUAUACGGGUAUCUACGGGGACCUAACUUACCAGCUAGAAACGCCAAGAUCCAUAUACCAGGUGCGGGUGAUCUUGAAGUGAAGGAAGUGGAGAGACUAGCAGAUCCAUGUCCUUUGCCAACGUUGGACAGUGAGAGAAGGAGGAAAAUGGGAGAGAAGGCUAAACUUAUACAUGCGCCUAUGAGUGAUGUUGGUGGUGUGAUAUAUGAUAAAGAUGCUGUUUAUGUAAAUGUCCCCGGGAAUUUCACCAAAGGUGGAGAUGCUCCUCAAGGGGAAGGAGAGAAAAUGGUCAUGGAUCUACAAGACGCCAAUCGGACCUUCGCCGACGGUAUUGAACAGUCUCAAAUCCGACUGUUUGGCACUUCGUCUGUUCCUCUCCAAAUCAAAGAGGAAAGGAAUCUCGGAGAGAACGAGUCGGACGAUGAGGACUUUGAAGAUCUCUCUGCCGACCACAUGCUCGGAGAUGACGUGCAACAUGCUGCCGAUGACUCUGAGAGCGACAUAAAUGACGAUGCGGAGGCUCAUUAUGCUGCUUCCGACUCGGAUAACGACCUUGAGAAUACUACUGGGUUUGAGCAAGAAGGAGGCAGAAUUGAUAUCGAUGGGGGUACCGAUGGGGAAGAAGACGAGGACGAAGACGCACCACGCUGGAAGUCAAAUCUUACUGAACGAGCGGCUGGUGAUUUUGCAGCUCGGAUGGAACGUCGAAGAGACCUCAUGACGCUUGUCUAUGGCGACGAGCUAUCUCCCGAAGAGAUCGCCUCAGGCAAGACACGGCCUUCAUCAGCCGAUGCCGAGUCGUCUCAGACCGCUACGGAUGGCUUCUUCCGGGUCACUCGGCAGGAUGGACUCGACGAAGAAGGAGAUCAGUUGAAGACGUCUAUAAACCGCAAAGCCUUGGAGGAAAAGUGGCAAGAUGAAGAACUACUUUCUUCCCUGCACAAUUGUUUCAUCACUGCGCCUGUGGGCGAGACGGAUGGUGAUGCUCAGGAUUACGAAGACGAGACUGGAGAUUUUGAAGAUGUCGAGGGUGACGAGGCUGCUGAUGGUGUGGAGGAAGAUAAUGAUGACGACGUGCCAUAUGUCGGUGUAAAACCUCAGGAUCACGAAGCGGCUCGAGCUGCUGCACUGGCCAAGAAGAAGGAAGCUCUUCAAAACAAGUUUAACGAGCAGUACGAUGAGUCAGACUCAGACUCGGGCAAGAUGGACUUUUACGAUGAACAGAAAGCUGAAAUGGCUCGUCAGCGACAGUUGAAUGAAGCCGAAUUUGACGGACUAGACAAUGAAGCUCGCGCUCAGAUCGAGGGUUAUCGGGCGGGAUCCUAUGUCCGAUUAGAGGUUCAUGGAGUUCCUUGCGAGUUAGUCGACAACUUCGACCCUUCUUUUCCGAUUGUCGUCGGCGGUCUUCUGUCGGCAGAGGAACGGUUUGGAUAUGUGACCGUGAGGAUCAAACGACAUCGAUGGUUCACUCGAACUCUCAAAACGAACAAUCCCCUGAUCCUCUCUUUGGGCUGGAGAAGGUUUCAAACUCUACCAAUAUAUCAUCUCGACGAUCAUUCCAUCCGGCAUCGACUACUAAAAUAUACACCGGAGCAUAUGCACUGUUACGCUACGUUCUACGGACCUGUCUCAGCGCCCAAUACCGGGUUCUGCGCUUUCAACUCGCUCUCGGCUGAAGCUCCUGGUUUCAGAGUGUCGGCGACGGGGGUGGUGUUGGAUGUGGAUAGGAGUACAAAGGUCGUAAAGAAACUGAAGUUGACCGGAGUACCAUACAAGAUCUUCAAGAAUACGGCAUUUGUCAAGGAUAUGUUCAACUCGGCACUGGAGGUAGCUAAAUUUGAAGGGGCGAACAUUAGGACGGUGUCGGGUAUAAGGGGGCAGAUCAAGAAAGCUUUGAGUAAGCCGGAUGGAGCAUACAGAGCCACCUUUGAAGAUAAGGUAUUGAUGAGCGAUAUCAUCUUCCUCCGGGCUUGGUAUUCCAUUGAACCUAAGAAAUUGUAUAAUCCGGUCACAUCGUUACUUCUCGCGGACAAGAAGGGUUGGCAGGGCAUGCGCCUUAUCGGACAAAUUCGACGAGAUGAGGGUGUGGACACACCUCUUGAUCCAAAUUCGACCUACAGACCUGUCGAACGGUCUACUCGUCGAUUCAACCCUCUCAAAGUUCCCAAAAAGCUCGAAGCUUCGCUACCCUAUGCGACUAAGACUGCCCAACUUCUAAAACAGAAAAAGAAGACAUACCUACAGAAACGUGCUGUGGUGCUUCAACCGGAGGAGAAGAAGGCCGUUGCGCUCCUCCAGCAGAUUCAGGCGCUGCGAAAGGAUAAGGUGGCCCGACGUCGAGCCAAACAGACGGAACGUCGUCAAGGGUACCUGAAAGAGGCGGAGGAAAGGGGUGAGAGGAGACAGGAGAAGAUUGCAAAGGAGAAGAAGGAGCAUGCAAGACAGGAGGGUAUCAAGAGGAAGCGGCAGGAUGAAGGAGGAGGCAAAGGUGGGAAACGCAGGAGAUGA